AUGAUUAUCUUGUAUGAGGUCUUGAUAAAUUGCCUGGUGACCUUUCAGGUGUCCAAUCUUCUCUAUGUUGACCAACCAACUGGAACUGGCUUUAGUUACAGUACGGACAACCGUGACAUUCGUCAUGAUGAAGUAGGAGUGAGCAAUGACUUGUAUGACUUUUUACAGGCUUUCUUUGCUGAACAUCCUGAGUAUGCAGAGAAUGACUUUUUCAUUACCGGUGAAUCAUAUGCUGGACAUUAUAUUCCAGCUUUUGCAGCUCGAGUCCAUAGGGGAAACAAAGUUAAAGAAGGGAUUCAUAUAAACCUAAAGGGAUUUGCCAUUGGUAAUGGGCUUACUGAUCCGGCGAUUCAGUAUAAAGCAUACACAGAUUAUGCACUGGACAUGGGCAUAAUUCUGAAGACUGACUAUGAUCGCAUCAACAAAUUGAUGGUCCCAGCCUGCGAAUUGGCAAUAAAAUUAUGUGGUACUGAUGGAACAAUUGCGUGCAUGGCUUCAUAUUUUGUUUGUAAUACAAUAUUCAAUUCCAUCGUGUCACAUGCUGACAAUAUCAAUUAUUAUGACAUCAGGAAGAAGUGUGAGGGGAGCCUCUGCUAUGAUUUUUCGAACUUGGAAAAAUUCUUUAGCAUAAAAUCUGUUCGGGAUGCACUAGGAGUUGGAGAUAUUUCUUUUGUGUCUUGUAGUUCCACAGUUUAUCAGGCUAUGCUAGUGGAUUGGAUGAGGAAUCUUGAAGUUGGUAUUCCUUGCCUUCUUGAGGAAGGAAUCAAUAUGCUUGUGUACGCUGGGGAAUAUGAUCUCAUCUGCAACUGGCUUGGUAAUUCAAAAUGGGUUCAUGCGAUGGAGUGGUCAGGGCAGAAAGAAUUCGUGUCCUCACCCGAAGUUCCUUUCACAGUUGAUGACUCUGAAGCUGGACUAUUGAAGACCUAUGGACCAUUAAGUUUCCUAAAGGUUCAUGAUGCUGGUCACAUGGUGCCGAUGGAUCAGCCAAAGGCUGCUUUAGAAAUGCUCAAGAGGUGGACUCAGGGAACACUUACAGAAUCUGGAGAUGAUGCUGACAAAUUGGUUGCAGAGAUGUAAUCACUACUUAUGUUGUAAUUAGUUCUACAAAAAUAUGAUGCAAUAAUGAGAGUGAAUCAAGGCCGUGCGAUGUAAAAUGUUGAGAUCUAAACGGUUUACACUUCAAACUUCAUAUCCGUGGGAUUUUCAGUGCUUACACAUUGCCGAGUGGCACACGGAUCCAAUCCAUUGCAAAACUUUCAUUUCUUUUAUAUGAUGAAAUUAUUAUAUAUUUAAAGAAAAGACUAAGAUUUCAUCCAGUUUUGGGAAACUGAAUCUAGUUCUCAAACAUUCAUCGGGAAUUAUAAAAAAAUGAAAUUCAAUGCUUGAAUAAUAUAAUUUUACUUUCAAUUUAUAAAAGUUUUCGUGCUGUAUAUAAUUUACACGAAUUUUA